AGAGAGGUUCAUCUUCUCUCUUUGUUCAUCGGAUCUCUGAGCUUUUGGUUCGUUAUCAAUGGCGGAAGAGACGGAGAAAAAGUACAUUACGAACGAAGAACUUAAAAAACACAACAAAUCUGGAGAUCUAUGGAUCGCGAUUCAAGGCAAGGUCUACAACGUCUCCGAUUGGAUUAAAACUCAUCCCGGAGGCGACACCGUGAUUCUCAAUCUCGUUGGUCAAGACGUCACCGAUGCUUUCAUCGCAUUUCAUCCCGGAACCGCUUGGCACCAUCUCGACAAUCUCUUCACCGGUUACCACAUCAGAGAUUUCCAAGUCUCUGAAGUCUCACGCGAUUACCGUCGUAUGGCUGCCGAGUUUCGUAAACUCGGUCUCUUCGAAAACAAAGGUCACGUCACUCUCUACACUUUAGCCUUCGUCGCCGCCAUGUUCGUCGGCGUUCUCUACGGUGUUUUGGCUUGUACUUCCGUCUUCGCUCACCAAAUCGCCGCCGCGCUUCUCGGACUUCUCUGGAUCCAGAGCGCUUACAUAGGUCAUGAUUCAGGUCAUUACGUAAUCAUGUCGAACAAAUCUUAUAACAGAUUCGCUCAGCUUCUCUCCGGUAACUGUCUCACCGGAAUCUCAAUCGCGUGGUGGAAAUGGACUCACAAUGCUCAUCACUUAGCUUGUAACAGCCUCGAUUACGAUCCAGAUCUACAACACAUCCCUGUCUUCGCCGUCUCCACCAAAUUCUUCAACUCAUUGACCUCAAGAUUCUACGAUCGGAAACUCACGUUUGAUCCAGUCGCGAGAUUCUUGAUCAGCUAUCAACACUUUACUUAUUAUCCAGUCAUGUGCUUCGGAAGAAUCAAUCUCUUCAUUCAAACGUUUCUCUUGCUCUUCUCCAAACGUGAAGUCCCAGAUCGUGCUUUAAACUUCGCCGGAAUCUUAGUCUUCUGGACUUGGUUCCCUCUCUUAGUCUCAUGUCUACCAAACUGGCCUGAAAGAUUCUUAUUCGUCUUCACAAGCUUCACCGUCACGGCGCUACAACACAUUCAAUUCACGCUUAACCAUUUCGCUGCUGAUGUCUACGUUGGUCCACCCACCGGUAGCGACUGGUUCGAGAAGCAAGCUGCAGGAACAAUCGAUAUCUCUUGUAGAUCAUACAUGGAUUGGUUCUUUGGUGGAUUACAGUUUCAGCUUGAACAUCAUUUGUUCCCUCGGUUACCUCGUUGCCAUCUCCGGAAAGUUUCUCCGGUGGUUCAAGAGCUUUGCAAGAAGCAUAAUCUUCCUUAUAGGAGUAUGUCGUGGUUUGAAGCAAAUGUGUUGACCAUUAACACUUUGAAGACAGCUGCUUAUCAAGCUAGAGAUGCGGCUAAUCCGGUGGUUAAGAACUUGGUUUGGGAAGCUUUGAAUACUCAUGGCUAGUGAUUUUAAUCAAAACAAAAAGCUUUUGUUUGGUUAAAUUUGAUGUAUUGUUUUUAUGCUUUAUUGAAUCUUUGAAUUUCGUUUUGUUACUACAUGGAAGAGCUGUUAUAGAUGGAAUCGAAUCGAGAUUUGAUUUUUUAUUAGAUAAACUCUUCGUAUCGUU